AAGGUUGAUACACCAUCUAGCUGGGGACCAAUGUACUAGGCAGUUUUAGUCUUUGGAUUCUCCUUGCAUCUUUGUUCUUUGAAGCCAAACUGAGCACCAAAAAUUUGAGGUUGGAAGGGGAAUCCAAGAAGAAAACAUCAUCUCAUUGAUAUGUUAUUCGUGCCAAGCAGCAGUUUGGGAAAUGGCAGGAUGAUGUAACAUAUUCAUAACAACAGCUCCGUCGGUUUAAUUCAUAGGCCUUUUUAUCAGAAAGGUUUUCGAGUGUUUCUUUCUGUUGUUGUCUGUCAAUUGGUAGCAUUAAAUCAAAGAAGUUUGUCCAAUGCAAAUGUCUCUGAAACAUAAAAUUACAAGCAUGUACGUUGACCAGCCAGUGCAAGAGCUGGAGCCGGAUUGUUGGCCUCCCAACCAGAGCUUAGAUCUGUACCAGUCAUGCUCUGAUGAUGGCAGCAAUGGUGUGCACCAUUCAGUUCAAAAUUUGGAACAAUACUGCACCCUUGAAUCAUUGUCUGGUAUGCAGAAUUCUUCUUCUACAGCCAGUUUCUCACCCAAUGGCAGUCCUGUUUCACAGCCAAACUACUCGUACCCAUCAGACCUGCAUCAUUACCCAGACAAUACAAGUGGUUCACCAGUAAGUGGUUCUUGUGUAACAGAUAAUGAGCAUGACUUGAGGCACAUGAUAAGACAAUUGGAAACUGCUUUGCUAGGAACUGAAUCAGAAAAUUUUGGCAUUCAUGCUAUCACUGCAUCUGGUGGAGCGACUGGAGUCUCCAUAGAAGCAGGGAGGUGGAAAUACAUGAUGGAUCAGAUGAUCGCCAGAGGGGACCUGAAAGAACUGCUUUGUGUUUGUGCUAAAGCUAUAGAAAAUAAUGAUAUGAAUACGGCUGACUGCUUGAUGACACAAUUACGUCAAAUGGUGUCGGUUUCGGGUGAACCAAUACAACGUUUAGGAGCCUAUAUGUUGGAAGGGCUUGUUGCAAGGUUGGCCUCUUCUGGAAGUUCUAUCUACAAAUCCCUAAAAUGCAAAGAGCCUGCCAGUGCUGAACUGCUUUCAUACAUGCACAUUCUCUAUGAAAUCUGCCCUUAUUUCAAGUUUGGGUAUAUGUCAGCAAAUGGGGCAAUUGCUGAUGCCAUGAAAGACGAAAAUAGAGUCCAUAUAAUUGAUUUUCAGAUUUCACAAGGAGGCCAAUGGUUGACCCUAAUCCAUGCUCUUGCUGCUCGACCAGGAGGACCGCCAAGCAUUCGUAUUACAGGCAUUGAUGAUCCUUCAUCGGCUUAUGCCAGAGGAGGAGGACUUCAAAUAGUGGGGCAGAGACUAAGCAAGCUUGCUGAGUCAUGUAACGUACCCUUUGAGUUUCAUGCUGCUGCUAUUUAUGGUACGGAUGUUCAACCAGAAAACCUUGGAAUUCAACCUGGUGAAGCCAUUGCUGUGAAUUUUCCCAUGAUCCUGCACCACAUGCCAGAUGAAAGUGUGAGCACUCAGAAUCAUCGGGACAGGCUGUUGAGGAUGGUGAAGAGUUUGUCUCCGAAGGUGGUGACAGUUAUGGAGCAAGAAGCGAAUACGAAUACUGCCCCGUUCUUUCCCCGUUUCCUAGAGACAUUGAAUUAUUAUUUGGCUAUCUUUGAAUCAAUUGAUGUUAGUCUGCCAAGAGAGCACAAGGAGCGGAUCAAUGUCGAACAGCACUGUCUGGCCCGGGAGAUUGUCAACAUUAUAGCAUGUGAAGGGCCUGAGAGAGUAGAACGUCAUGAAUUUAUGGGCAAGUGGAGAUCAAGGUUUAUUAUGGCCGGCUUUACACCCUGUCCAUUAAGCUCAUUUGUCAACGCCACCAUCAAAGCUCUGCUGCAAAGCUAUUAUGAUAAGUAUACACUCGAAGAGAAAGAUGGAGUUCUUUAUCUUGGCUGGAUGAAUCGACCUAUAGUCACUUCUUGUGCAUGGAGAUAAUAACCAAACAAUAGCUGCUAUCACAGUGUCGAUAGAACCUUCAUUUGAAAACGUUUCUUUUCCUUUUUCCUUUAUGGCAUACACAUCAGAUCUUCUGAAGAUUAGCUUUUGUUUGAUAAGAACAUCCUUUUCAGGAAUGCUAUGAACAAGGCCUUUGUACAAUUGAAUGCUAGUGGUUAACUUUUAGUAUUGCAGCUUGUCUUUGCAUACGCGUUUUCCACUCUAGUGUGUUUACAUUAGUGGACUUAUCACUCAAUCAUACUUGUUUUC